GACGGCCAGUCAAUGGAGUCAAGCGGUCACGCCAGUGCGAUGAAAUUAGUGACAAACAAGGCCGUAGCCGAUAUAAGGAGGAUUUUUAGUUGAAAUAGCGUAUCUGUCGCAGAUGAAUGUUGUUUGGACUGUCAUGACCGCGAAGCAGUAGUUUUAAGCUGAGCAACUGGCUCGUUUGCAGCUGACGCGCCGUGUCAACACAAAGGCCUAUGCUGCUAGUUAUUUCCUCCGAAAGCUAGCAAGUGGUUUAACGCCAAGCUCAGCUGCAGCAAAUUAACAGGCGUGUCAUUUUAAUGUUUUAUCCGUAACGCAGUUAAUCUCCUCUACCAAGAAGACAGCAUUUGAGUAUCCUUUUUUUGUUUUGCUUCUCCACGAUAAUGGCGGAACAGGGUGCAGUGGUCAUGCAGCAGAAUUUGGACAGGAGCUGCUGGGUGUGCUUCGCCACAGACGAGGAUGACCGCACAGCGGAGUGGGUGCGUCCGUGUCACUGCCGCGGCUCCACCAAGUGGGUUCACCAGGCCUGCCUGCAGCGUUGGGUGGACGAAAAGCAGCGGGGCAACAGCACGGCACGCGUGGCCUGCCCACAAUGCAACGCAGAAUACCUCAUCGUCUUUCCCAAACUGGGUCCCGUGGUCUACGUGCUGGACUUGGCCGACCGGCUCAUCUCCAAGGCCGGACCCUUCGCGGCCGCCGGCAUCAUGGUGGGCUCCAUCUACUGGACUGCCGUCACCUACGGAGCCGUCACCGUCAUGCAGGUGGUGGGCCAUAAGGAGGGCCUGGAUGUUAUGGAGCGGGCCGACCCUCUGUUCCUGCUCAUUGGCCUGCCCACCAUCCCUGUCAUGCUGAUCCUCGGCAAGAUGAUCCGCUGGGAGGAUUAUGUCCUGCGUCUCUGGAGGAAGUAUUCUAACAAACUGCAGAUCCUCAACAGCAUCUUCCCAGGGAUCGGCUGCCCGGUUCCUCGGAUCCCCGCCGAGGCCAGCCCCCUGGCAGACCACGUGUCGGCCACGCGGAUCCUGUGCGGCGCCCUGGUCUUCCCCACCAUCGCCACCAUCGUGGGGAAGCUCAUGUUCAGCAGCGUCAACUCCAACCUGCAGAGGACCAUCCUGGGAGGUAUCGCCUUCGUGGCCAUCAAGGGAGCUUUUAAGGUGUACUUCAAACAGCAGCAGUACCUGAGGCAAGCCCACCGCAAGAUCCUCAACUUCCCCGAGCAGGAGGAGGCCUGAGGCAGCGGCGGCGCCGCCGUCUGGAGGGAGGACGGCCGGACGAACCACACACACACCUCUGCUGAAGGAGAGGGAGGGGGGAGGGAGGAGGAAGAGGAGGAGGAGAUGAACAGGUCAGUCAGACCCUGAGCAGGAAGUGCCGGUGACCCAGACUUAGGAUCAGUGCCACCCUCAUUUACCCACGCCUCACCCCUCUCACCUCCUCGGGAGCCGACAUUCAGUGAAAGGAUCCCCACCACCGCCACUACACGCUGUUUUUAAUGUUCUGACGCUUUCGUUAGGUGAGGACGGACAAGAGAUGUGGACACAGACCGGAGCAUGUGUUUGCAGUUACACACAUUCACACACCACCACCACAUCUGUUUCCCGAGAACUCGCGCAGGGUGGAUGUGUUUCACCGAUCACAUAACUAAUACUUAUUGUAAACUUAACUGUGUUUUAAAGAAAGAAAGAAAAUGUGGAGCUCGUGUAAUUAUAAAGUUUUAUAAUAUUAAUAAAUGAUUGUUUUAUAAUGUUUAUUUUGCAGAUUUGCAGAUGCGUCCCCUUUGCCGGUGUCAGGGGGUUUAUAUUGAAUGAGGAAUGUUUAGUGUCUGGAAUGUAUUAAUGAUAAAACAAUAAAAUGUGUUUAACAGUUGUGAAUAAUGAUGCAGUGCAUUAACCACAGCCAGGAAGAAAAAGCUACACCAACACACUGACCACAGAUCAGAAGUUAAAGUACAGGUGUGUGUUUUAGACCCUGCGAUUUAUUUUGUUUUGUUUUGGGUUUUCUCUCACAUGCCUCGGCAGUGUUCACAUCAUCUGUAGCUUUAUCUCCAUUUAAAAAGAAACACUCUUCUUAUGUGGUGUGUUUUUUAAAGCUCCGUCGCCCAUCGCAGUGCUCCGGGUUUGUCCGAGCUCCUGCAGCCUGUUGCCAUGAGACCGUCUCCACCAGCUGUGUGGAUGUUUCUGUCCCUUUCAGAGCUGUUGGCGGUGACGGGACUGGAAAGCAAUUUUUCGUUUAAAAGCUUGGGGUGAUUCGCACGUGGCGUUCGAUGCAGCACUUUUCACCAGGAGAUGUGAAAGUACGAGAACACUUCUGUUGGGACUUUUUCUCUGUCUGGCUUUUAUUUAAGAUCCACUUCCUGUUUUCUUUUCCUCUUCCACCACGUGACGAUCGGCCUGUGGACUGUGGCUCGGUGCAGACAUGGGUGAAACUUGGACAGUGGCAGUUUAAAGUCAGCCAGAGGAGCAGCUGGCUCUUUGGCCCAGGCUCCUGUGGAAAUUAAAGGGUCAGUUCACCCAAAUGACAAGCCAUGUUUUCUCUCUUAAUACCAGUGGUACAUAACCAUGCAGGUAGUUGUUUGGAUUUUUGAUUUCUGCUUCCACCUCGACGCUAUGGAGAUGAAUCACAGACCAUAUAGAGAGGCAGCCUUUCUAAUAUUAUAAGUGCUGAUGUGGUAGCAAAACCUGGACAAAUAAAACAAAAAAAUCCUGGAUCUGCUUUAAAGAGUGAAAACAGGGCUUUAUUAAAUUUCAGUGAACUGACCCUUUGACAUAGCACUACAUGAUACUUUAAAAAUCACUGGGAGCAUAAUGUGAUGAUCGUGUUUAUACUUUUAUGUGGCAAACUGUUGCCAGUUUGUUCUGCUGUUUUCUGCCCCUCAGGAAACAGGAGACCCUGCAGUAUGUGACUUCCUGUGCAGAGGCCUGACGUACAGCGGACCCUUCGGAAUAUUUAACCUGCACAUGUUAAACUGUGCCUGCUUUACAGAUGUCCUCCUGCCAUCUGCGACCCACAGCUUCCCCCAAGCACACUCACUGUCAAGUCUCCGCUCUGCCAAACGAGACGUUUAAGUGUGAACUGUGUUGUACAGACGUUGCUUCAGAGUUGAGAGUUAAAUGGUAUCAGUUCUGUGAAUAAAUGUAUUUUUCCAAACGCUGGAGCGCACGUGUUGUGAUUGUGGCGAAAGGAAAACGCUGCGUCAGAGACACCGACCUGCUUCCACUCAACGGUUUAUUCAUUAGAAACACACAGGAGACAAAGAGAGACCUCCAAACGUCAGCACUCUGGUAUCAUCGGCCCAUGAACCCGACCACUCACAGCCCCGGGUUGCCAAAGACAGUCAGGACUCGAAGAAAGGAAAAAUAAAAUAAAAAGCUUGGGAUUUUCUAAAUGUAAACCAAUCACUGGGUACUUCACAGGGUAAACAGUGCACGGCCCGUCAAAGCCUGAUAUGUAAUGUUGCUAGUUUCUUCUGAACACUGCGUGAAAGCGGCUUGGUCGCUGCCCCCAGAUGCUGUCGAGCUACUGCCUGUGGGAGUGGUGGACUACCUAAGGCUGCUGCUGGUUGUCUUUGGGUUUUAACCACACGGGCAUAGAGCCUUUUAACACUAGCAGUUUAUGAUGGAAGGGGCUGUGGUUCGUAAAUUAAAAAAAAAAAAAAAACUGACAGGGUUUUGAUUUGACAGAGUAAAAUGCUGGAAAACAUUGAAGAAGCUUUGGAUACAGCACAAUCAUACAGGUACAGCCACCCCUCCCCUCCUCCUACACCUU